AUGGAUUUUUUCUGGCUUCCAUUAUUGGAAGUGUUCGUUAGAAAUUUUAGGACUGUAGAUUUUAAUUAUGAUAUGUAUUCUACAUUGCAGCUUAGUGAUAGAGCUCAAGAAAGAAAGGUACCUUCAUCAAGAAUAGGCAGAGUUUAUACUUUUGGAAGGAUGGCAGCUGGGCUAGGAUUUGGUGUAGCAUCAGAGGCAGCAAAGAAGACUUUAGGACUGAAUGUACCAUCUGUAUCAGAAGCAGGAGAGGUUGUAAUGCAAAAUCAAACCUCGUACAUGAGUGAAGCAAACAUGAACCUGAUUGUGGAUACUCUAUGUAGAGUGAGAGGAGCUGCCCUAAAACUUGGACAGAUGCUUAGUAUUCAAGACGAUUCAAUGAUAAGCCCAGAAUUACAGAAGAUUUUAGAACGUGUUAGACAGAGUGCUGAUUUUAUGCCAGUGUGGCAAAUGGAGAGGGUGAUGAAGAAAGAAUUUGGUUCAGAUUGGAAAAGCAAAUUAGCAAGCUUUGAAGAAAAGCCAUUUGCUGCAGCUUCUAUUGGUCAGGUACAUAAAGGUGUACUGCAUGACGGCAGAACAGUGGCGUUAAAAAUUCAGUAUCCUGGUGUAGCUAAAAGUAUAGAGAGUGAUAUCAACAAUCUAAUGUCUGUCCUCUCAGUCUGGAAUGUUUUACCUAAAGGUUUGUAUGUAGACAGUGUUAUAGAAGUUGCAAAGAAAGAAUUAGCAUGGGAAGUAGAUUAUAUGAGAGAAGCUGACUGUAGCAAACAAUUCAGGGAAUUGUUGAAGGACGAUCCAGCUUUCUAUAUACCAGCGAACAUAGACGAGCUUACAACUAGUCAAGUGUUAACUACAGAAUAUGUUGAGGGUCUACCGUUAGACAGAACAUUUGAACUGGACCAAGAUACUAGAAACUGGUUGGGAACAAAGUUACUGGGACUUUGCCUUAAAGAAUUGUUUGAGUUUAAACUCAUGCAAACAGAUCCAAACUGGUCCAAUUUCUUCUAUAAUCCAGCAACUGAAAAGAUUGUGCUGCUAGAUUUUGGGGCAACUCGUGACUUCAGCACAAGGUUUGUAGAUGGGUAUAUCCACAUUAUAAAGGCAGCUGCAGACAAUGAUAGAGAUGGCGUUCUGAAAUAUUCACAAGACCUAGGCUUUCUUACUGGAUAUGAAACAAAGGAAAUGGAAAAAGCUCAUGUUGAUGCUGUAAUGAUAUUGGGAGAAGCUUUCCAUAGUGAUGGUCCUUUCGAUUUCUCCAAACAAGACACGACACGUCGUAUACACAACCUUAUCCCGGUAAUGAUGACACACAGACUGACGCCUCCACCGGAGGAAACAUACUCUCUCCAUCGGAAAAUGGCCGGAUCAUUCUUACUGUGUACUAAGUUAGCCGCUCAAGUGGACUGUAGGAGUCUGUUUGAUCCAAUAUACGAACAGUACAAAUUUAACGAGCCUAGUAAAUAUGAAAGUUCCGAUGAAUUUGAAAAACUGUCAAGUGAAGAUAUAGCGACCUCAUGAUAGCUGUUGCUAUUUAGUAUUAUAUAAUAAUAUAUGCAAUUGAAAAAGCCGAAGAAACUUUGAUGGAGGAAAAGUUUUAAUGUUGUGCUUAUAAAAUGAGUUUGGAUAGAGAUUGAUACAAACAGCUGAAUACACUCAAUAGCCUUGUGCUAUCAAAUUAUUAUACUUGCAUGGCAUUUAUAUAUGGAGAUAUUGACAGGUGUUAGUGAAUAUUAUCCAAUGCAAUCAAGAUGCUUCAGGGAUUUAUUUACAAAAAAUUUUUCAUUUUUCUUGUCCACCAUAUUUAAAUCAAAGUGGGCAUUGUUGCAGAUACAGUGAGUUAAACAUCACACUACUACAUUCAUGUUGCUGAAAAUGUUUAAAAAGUCAAGCAUUUAAUGAAGUACAUGAAUUUAUAAUCUUAAAGAAUUGAAACACUUGAAACUAAGAACUAAAAAAUAUUUCAAACUGAUCUAUAAAAUAUUUUGUUUUUUGUUGGGAUUUUUUUUUUCAGAACAUUAUACCGGUAGAAGUCUAUACAUAAGUUUUUAUUAACGUAAAAGCGGCAUUUAUGUCAGGCAAUGUAACCGCAAAUCUUUAAUUGCAUGUAUUUAGAAGGCAAUGUUAGAAUUAGUGAUAACAUCUUGUUUUAAAGUGAAUCACAAUGUAUUACAUAAAAUAAAGUCCAGCAACAUCAUUCAUUGGUGCUACUAGGAGUAAGUGAGAUAUAAACACUAGUUAAUUUAUAUUUACUAAAUAAAUUAUUUUAAUUUUG